AUGCUGGCUGGGGGGGCGGGCUGGAGGGCGGCCGCCUGCCGCCGCCCCAGUGGUGAGGUGCAGGUGGUGGCAUGGGCGCACGUGGCUCCCGUCAUCUCCUACCGGCGGCUUUGCCAUGGUGCCUGCGGCAUCCAACCGACUCUGAGCUCUUAUGCCACAUGUGGCAUGUCUUCUCCAGGGUCCCUGCUGCCUGUGGCACUGGGCAAGUGUCAGGGCGAUGCGGGGGGUAUGGAGCCAGAGGUGCUGGAGCAAUCCCAGACGCCGAGGCUGGAGCCAGAGCUACCCAACGGCAUGGAGAAGGUCCAAGCGAGGGAGCUGGAGAGAAGGAGCAAGCUGAAUAUCGAGGAGCUGAACAGGAUUGAGGAUGAGGAUGUUCUGGAUAAGAUGCUGGAUCGGACAACAGACUUUGAGGAGCGGCGAGUGAUCCGAAAUGCCAUGCGGGAGCUGCGCCAGCGCAAGCGAGACCAGCGGGAGAAGGAGAGGGACCAGCGACUGCAGGAGACUAGGAGCCAGGCUGCGUCAGGGAGGGCCGGCCAUGCCACAGAGACCACCACCACACAGAGCACCCAGUCGGCUGAUGGCUCGGCACGCAGCACUGUGACCAAGACAGAGCGUCUCAUUCAGUCCAGCGAUGGCACCAAGACCUCCCGUACCACAACCAUGGAGUCAAGUUACAUGAAGAGAUCAGACAAUGGCAACAGCACAUUCGUUCAAACCAAGUCAUCCUACAGCUCCUCUUCCAAGAAGACGGGCAGCAUCUUCAACCGUGAAGACGAGAGUGCCUCCAGGCAGAGCAGCCUGGCUGCGCUGGAGCGGCGCCAGGCUGAAAAGAAGAAGGAGUUGAUGAAAGCUCAGAGCCUGCCCAAGACAUCAGCCUCACAGGCUCGCAAGGCCAUGAUGGAGAAGCUGCAGAAGGAAGGCGGGAGCUCGCCAAACCCCGUGGCGGCACACACUGCCGUGCAGCGCUCCUCCAGCUUUGGUGUGCCCAACGCCAACAGCAUCAAGCAGAUGUUGCUGGACUGGUGCAGAGCCAAGACCCGGGGCUAUGAGCAUGUGGACAUCCAGAACUUCUCAUCCAGCUGGAGUGACGGCAUGGCCUUCUGCGCCUUGGUCCACAACUUCUUCCCUGAGGCAUUUGACUACAGCCAGCUGACACCCCAGAACCGCCGCCAUAACUUUGAGGUGGCCUUCUCCUCUGCAGAGACGCUGGUGGACUGCGUGCCCCUGGUGGAGGUGGAAGACAUGAUGAUCAUGGGGAAGAAGCCGGACUCCAAGUGCGUCUUCACCUACGUGCAGUCCCUCUACAACCACCUGCGUCGCCACGAGUUGCGCAUGCGGCAGAAAGAGUGCUAG